AUGUCGGACGCUCCUAUCGGCCGAGUUGAGGCCCCGAUUACGGUCAGAGCUUACCUGCUCUGUGCCUUCGCUGCCUUUGGUGGUAUUCUCUUCGGAUAUGACUCCGGUUACAUUUCUGGUGUCCUUGGUAUGGCCUUCUUCAAACGUCAGUUUGGAGGUCCCGUUGCCGAAUCUGUUGAUGCCAGCGGAUACAACAUUGAGACCUGGCAAAAGUCCUUGACCACUUCUAUCCUCUCGGCUGGUACUUUCUUCGGCGCCCUCUUCGGAGGUGGUUUCGCUGAUUGGGUUGGUCGUCGUCUCGCUAUUAUCUCUGCCUGUGGUGUCUUCAUUGUCGGUGUCAUUCUCCAAGUCGCUUCCACUUCUCUCGGUCUCCUCAUCGCUGGUCGUGUCGUCGCUGGAUUCGGUGUCGGUAUCGUCUCUGCUGUCGUCAUCCUCUACAUGUCUGAGAUUGCUCCAAAGGCUGUUCGUGGUGCUAUCGUCUCUGGUUACCAAUUCGCCAUCACCCUCGGUAUCUUCCUUGCCGCCUGUGUCAACUAUUCUACCCAACACCGUGAUGACACUGGUUCUUACCGUAUUCCAAUCGCCAUUCAAAUCCUCUGGGCUAUCAUCCUUGGUACCGGUCUUUUUUUCCUUCCAGAAUCUCCUCGUUACUGGGUCAAGAAGGGAGAACUCGACAAGGCCGCUGCUGCCCUCGCCCGUGUUCGUGGACACCCUGCCGACUCUGAAUACGUCGUUGCCGAAUUGGCUGAGAUUCAGGCCAACUUCGAAUAUGAAAUGCAAAUCUCUUCCGCUGGAUGGAUCGAUGUUUUCCGUGGUGGAUGGAGCAACCGCUCUGGUAACUUCCGCCGUAUCUUUAUCGGGUUUUUCCUCCAGAUGAUGCAGCAAUGGACCGGUGUCAACUUCAUCUUCUACUACGGAACCACUUUCUUCCAGCAAUCUGGUAUCAAGAACGCGUUCACAAUUCAGGUUAUCACCAAUGUUGUCAACGUUGUCACGACUCCAGUCUCUUUCUGGGCUAUUGAAAGGCUUGGUCGUCGUACUCUCCUCAUCUACGGUGCUUGCCUCAUGAUUGUCUGCGAGUUCAUCAUCGCCGCUGUUGGCACUGCUCUCCCUGGAUCCAAGGCCGCCUCUACCACUUUAAUCGUUUUCGUCUGUAUCUACAUCUUCGGCUUCGCUACUACCUGGGGUCCUGGUGCUUGGGUUCUUAUCGGAGAAAUCUACCCAUUGCCAAUUCGUGCCAAGGGUGUUGCCAUUGCUACUGCGUCCAACUGGCUCUGGAACUUCGUUAUCGGUUAUAUUACCCCAUACAUUGUCGACCCCGACCAGGGUAACCUCGGAUCCAAGGUCUUCUUCGUUUGGGGAUCUACCUGUUGUCUCGCUCUCCUCUUCGCCUACUUCUUCGUCCCAGAAACCAAGGGUCUUUCCCUCGAGCAGGUCGACAAGAUGUUGGAAGAGACCACUCCUCGCCAGUCCGCCAAAUGGGUUCCACACAGCACCUUCGCAAACCAAAUGGGAAUGACCGACAAGACCGGUGGUACUGCCACUCACAUCGACGAUGUCAGACGCGGAAGCCAGACUGGUGCCGAGAAGGCCUAA